CAUCCACAAGUUUAACUUCCCUGAUGCAAAUAUCGUAAUCCGCCAUGUCAUCCUGAUGAUCCUAUACGAUAGCAGCAUCAGAUUUCAUUUCCUUCUUCCAACCAAUUACAGACGUCCUACAUGGCAAGUCUACAUCCACCAGAAGUUCCAUUUAGCAAGGACCUCACCCUUCUCAAUUCUCAUCGCAGCCACACACAACCAGCUAAAGGUUUUCCGGCAAGAAUGGCUUCUAUGGCAGCAGCAUCCUCCCUCGGUGUGUCGGAAAUGCUUGGAAACCCGCUCAACUUUUCCGGUACAUCCAAGACGGCUCCUUCCGCAUCUAGUCCUGCCACCUUUAAGACCGUCGCCCUUUUCCAAAAGAAGAAACCGGCACCCAAAGCUAAGCCCGUUGCCGUCGCCCCAGCUUCCGACGAGCUCGCCAAGUGGUACGGUCCUGAGAGAAGAAUCUUCUUGCCGGAAGGUCUUUUAGACCGAUCGGAGAUCCCCGAGUACCUCAACGGGGAAGUCGCCGGAGAUUACGGUUAUGAUCCUUUUGGACUUGGCAAGAAACCAGAAGACUUCGCCAAAUACCAAGCUUUCGAGCUUAUUCAUGCACGAUGGGCUAUGUUGGGUGCUGCGGGUUGCAUCAUUCCGGAGGCCUUCAACAAGUACGGUGCGAACUGUGGCCCCGAAGCUGUGUGGUUCAAGACUGGUGCUUUACUACUUGACGGAAACACAUUGAAUUACUUCGGGAAGAACAUUCCCAUUAACCUGGUCCUCGCUGUCGUUGCGGAGGUUGUUCUUGUUGGUGGUGCAGAAUACUACCGAAUCAUCAAUGGCUUGGAUUUUGAGGACAAGCUACACCCUGGUGGGCCAUUUGACCCAUUGGGAUUGGCUAAAGAUCCAGACCAGUUUGCAUUGUUAAAGGUGAAGGAGAUUAAGAAUGGUAGACUAGCAAUGUUCUCCAUGUUUGCGUUCUUCAUCCAAGCGUAUGUGACAGGACAGGGUCCUGUUGAAAACCUAGCAUCGCACUUGAGCGAUCCCUUUGGAAACAACAUACUAACUGUCAUUUCUGGAAACAUUGAACGAACCCCAACCCUGUAAACCCCUUGUGUGUACUCCAAACAAUGUAAUCUAUAUAUAUUUAUUUUUGUAUCCACCGUUCAUAUGAGAAAAGGAUCAAUCGUUGCAGUGGUAGAUGCUAUAUUUAAGAUUAAAAAAAAGUUAUGCUUUUCUCUAUGACUUUAUGAUUAUACUUAUAAGUAACCACUAAAUUUAUGUGAACAUAAGGUUAGGGUUCGAUUAAUGCUGUUUCAUUGGGAUAUAUAAUUUUUGUCGCUUGAUACGAAUAAAAUACAAUAUUUUUCUAGUUAUAUUAUUUAACUACUCACAUAAAAAGUAGUAUCGGUGGUUGAGUUGGUGGAGAAAAUGUUGGUUAUUUUAAUAUCAUUAAACAAUUAAGUAGUUAAUACAUGAAUGAAUUGAAGUCUUAAGCAGCUCAAGAAUAAGUCAAAAGGUGCGGAGUUCAUAAUUGUAUGAGCUAGUUUGAACCCAAACAUAUUGAAUGACUGGAUGAAUGUGAAACGAAUCUCUUGACAAUCUAACAUUUUAAGAAGCAAACCUGAGAAGGUCACGAGACAAGCCCUUGUGGGGUUCGAGGAAUGGACGUUUCGUGGGAUUCAUAGAUGCAAACUUGCAUUACAAAUUCAGCAAUGAAAUCUUAAUAUGUAGCAUUUAGUUUAAAGGGAACUGAUUUGUACACAACAUUUUUUCUCCGCACACAACAAUUUGUGCUUUAAAGUGUUGUAUUGUACAACUUUAUAAUGCAUAAAUUGUUGUGUACGGC